ACGAGGCCUGUAGUUUGAAAUCUGUGUGGGCCCCAGUGAGCUGCACCGUUAGCCACAUUGCGAACAAAGUUAGAAUAUUUUGGAAUUAAUUCAAGCUGUUAUCGAGCCAUAUAACGCGGAAAGACGCGUGAUACAUUUGGAUUGUGCAGCUGUCAGAGGGAGCAACGGACCGAGAGGACACGUGAAUGCUGGCGUGUUUUUGAAUGGCUUUGUGUUGUUGUAUUUUUGACUGAGUUGCCCUGAACUCCACACAAGGAGAAAAGAAAGCUAAUUGGCUAAGUUGCUAGCAGCUAGCGAGCUAGCGGCGGCUGUCCAACAGCCUACUCGCGUGCUAGUCACUUCCUUGUUGAACAUUGGAGUGUGAUGGAAGACGAGAAGAAGUUCGAUAGGAGGGGAUGGACUAUUUCUGUUUAAACGUUCAAGCCACCUGAUGAAUGGAUUUACCUGCUUUUGUGAAUCGCGACACUUCAGCAGACCGGGAUUUUCAAUCUGGACCUGCUCCGGGGCCUGUGCUUUGACCAUGAAAUGGAAUGCGACUGUGUAGCCGGACACAGCUAGUGGGUGCUAGCUGGCUAAACCAACUAGCAUUAGGUAGCAAUUCUGGUAAGUGUCAGUCCUGAAGUACAGUGGCGGAGUAUUGCCUUGCUUUAUAAGUAAGCACAAUUGUGUGGGAUUUAUAUGACGGAAUCUGUCGACACCAAGUGUUAUCACUUUCCGUCUGGUUAAACUUGGUUUAUCUGGAACGGCCACUGUGUUAGCUUUGUAAUGCUAAUGGUAAGCUUGUGAGUAAGCUAGCUAGCUGGUUGGCUCUCUAAUUGUGAAAUAGUUGUAGCGUUAGCCGACUAGCCUUGGUACACAGCUAGCCCAAUGUUUUGUUUCGCGACACUACUAGGGACAUAGCGCAGGUGAAGUACGUAUUUUGUAAGUUAUUCCCAACGUUACUGUAGCAUUUAUUCUGUUGAUAAAUGCCUAAUUCGGACGUGCUUCGCGAUGUUCGGGGUCGGAGCCCCUCUGCACAGAGAAAUGCUAACAGGCAGGAUAGGCGUAGUAAACCGGGGAGCGGUGCUGCUCAGCGGGACAGACACCGCGAGAAGAGGCGGUCGUCGGCUUCUCGGAGAAAGAAACGCAGGCAGGCCAAGCAAAAAGGCUUGUGGUAUGCCGGUACAACAGCAGACUUUGACAACAACCGUAAAAGCACUUUUGAAAAAGAAGUCGAGCUGCGAACAUUAGUUGAAUAUGACGACGUGAGCUCCCAGUCGGAGCGCUUUUCUGGGAGCCCCUCUCCUAAACUUGACCCUCAUGCUGACCGGCUGUCAGUGGACCGACUCAGCGAUGUUGACGUAGGUGAAUAUAACGGACCAGCAUCCCAAAACAGAAGUCGACAAAGAGACCGAGAGACAGUUUGCAUUAGCAAAGACGAACAAACAAGAGGACCAUAUGAAAGGAGCAAGCCAGACAAGGAGUCAGGAAGGAAAAAAGACCGCCAGAGCCGUGAUAGAGACUCCUCAAAAGCUCGUAGUGCUGGUGGCCUUAGUGGUUCUAAAAAUCACAGAGACGCAACAAGAAGCAGUGACAGAAAUGGCAAAAGGACAUCUACAUCACAGUCCUCACAAUCUGCAGAUAAAAGAGAUUCAAAAAGCCACAAAAGUAAAACAAGGUCUGAGAAAGAGACCCCAUCUGCAUACAGAGAUGCUCCUCAAUCUUACAGAGAUGACCGUGAAGACCUCAGGACAUACAGGCGAAGUCCUGGAUUAAAAACUGAAAGUCCCUAUGGGACAUCAUACUCCUAUAACUACCAGUCUCCUGCUGGUUACAACCAGCAAAUAUCUAGAAGAAGUCCAACUUAUGGAAGCAAAAGACUCUCUCCCUCUUCCACGUAUUACAACCGGGAUGCAGAUGUAUAUGGAGCUUAUGGCGUUACAAAGUCACCCAGCUCAUAUUCAAGCAACAAAAGAAAGCGAUCCCCUGUGAGCCCAGCGAACUGGCGCAGGUCACCGAGUUAUGGCCGUCACAGUCCGUAUGAACAAGGAGAGUUUGGGUCAAGUCCUUAUGGAAACCGCAGGAGAUCUCGGAGUCCAUUCAGGAAGUCUAUGAGCCCAAGUCCAGAUGUCAGGCGAUCGGCUCGGUCACGUAGCAGAAGUCCAUAUUCAUCCACGAGGCAUUCACGCUCUCGCAGCCGCCACCGCCACUCUCGCUCCCGCAGUCGCCCAUCAAGCCUCUCACCAAGCACGCUUACCUUCAAAACUAGUCUUGCUGCUGAACUCAGUAAGCAGAAAAAGGCUAAAGCUGCUGAAGCAGCUGCCAAGGCCAAGAACUCCAGCAACACAUCAACUCCAACCAAGGGUUCCUCAUCUGCUCCUCAGCCAAGUCCCAAGUCUAACCACAUAACCAGGAAGGGACGCCCUCCCUCUCCACCUCAACCAGAGAAGGGACCCAAAACUCCAAUAUCCAGUCAGCCUCAGUCACCCUCUGACAGGUCAUCCACCAAGAGGUGCACCGACCUCCUUACCAGCAAGGACAGAGACGCAAAGGGGAAGGAUGAUUCUGUACAGCGGGACAAGAAGAAAGCACCAGUACCUGGACAGGGCAAAGACAAGGAACGAGCCACUGCUCCACUCAUCUCUACUCUAUCAUCGCUACCUUUACCCCAAACAGUUCUUGAGCACAUGGACAAAGGAGAAGGCUUGAAGGACUCCUUGCUCUCAGGAAAGAAAAAGACAGAAAGAAAAGCCCGCCAGCUUUUAACUGACCUGCCUCUCCCCCCUGAACUGCCCGGUGGCACCUCCUCCCCACACAGCCCACCUGAUGACAAAAAGUCUCAAACAGUUCGCAAAAGGCCCAAAAUUUGUGGCCCAAGAUAUGGUGAGUUCAAAGAAACAGAAAUAGAUUGGGGCAAACGCUGUGUGGACAAGUUUGAGAUAAUUGGAAUAACAGGGGAAGGAACCUAUGGACAGGUUUACAAAGCUAAAGACAAAGACACGGCUGAAAUGGUGGCUCUGAAGAAAGUUCGUCUGGACAAUGAAAAGGAGGGCUUCCCAAUCACAGCCAUCAGAGAGAUCAAAAUUCUGCGACAACUCAACCACAAGAGCAUCAUAAACAUGAAGGAAAUUGUCACUGACAAGGAGGAUGCACUAGAUUUCAAAAACGAUAAAGGCGCUUUCUAUCUUGUAUUUGAAUACAUGGACCAUGACCUUAUGGGUUUGCUCGAGUCUGGCCUGGUUCAUUUCAACGAGAGCCACAUCAAGUCUUUUAUGAGACAGUUGCUGGAGGGUCUUGAUUACUGCCACAAGAAGAACUUCCUGCACAGAGACAUCAAAUGCUCCAACAUUCUGCUCAAUAACAAAGGUCAAAUAAAGCUUGCAGACUUUGGUCUUGCCCGGCUGUAUAACUCUGAAGAAAGUCGCCCAUACACCAACAAAGUGAUCACACUAUGGUACCGUCCCCCAGAGCUCCUUCUGGGAGAAGAGAGGUACACACCUGCUAUUGAUGUGUGGAGUUGCGGGUGCAUUCUGGGAGAGCUGUUCACAAAGAAACCCAUUUUCCAAGCUAAUCAGGAGCUCGCACAGUUAGAGCUCAUUAGCCGGAUAUGUGGCAGCCCCUGCCCUGCUGUCUGGCCAGAUGUAAUAAAACUUCCUUUCUUCAACACCAUGAAACCAAAGAAGCAGUACAGGAGACGGUUACGAGAGGAGUUUGCUUUCAUUCCUCCAUCCGCGCUGGAUCUGUUCGACCACAUGUUAAACUUGGACCCCAGCAAACGCUGCACAGCUGAACAAGCACUAGGCAGUGAGUUCCUCAAGGAUGUGGACCCAGACAAGAUGCCGCCACCUGACCUUCCGCUGUGGCAGGACUGUCAUGAGCUGUGGAGUAAGAAACGCCGGCGACAGAAGCAGAUGCCAGAGGAACUUGUGGCCCCGAAAGUGCCGCGCAAAGAGCUGGGCCUCGACGAUAGCCGUAGUAACACUCCCCAGGGUUUCCCAGCUCCUGGAGGCAAAGCUCAAAAUACAGCUGCUUCUGCACUGCUCGAUCCAAAGGGUCCAAACUCCCAGCUGACACAGGAGCAGCUUGCCGUCCUCCUGAAUUUCCUUGGCCAGCCGAAGAGUGCAGUCAACACGGCACAGUUUGUUCAGUCCAUGAGCACAAAGGUGAACCAGGAAAUGUUACAGCAGCUCUCCAGUGCUCUCGCCCCCACUGACCCAGCUGAGCCUCCUGUUCACCCUGCACCCGCCAAACCUCCCCAGCCUGCUGCUCCUCCAGGAGUCCCCCGCACACCUCCGAUGCCCAAGCCUCCUUCACCCCCCAUGUCUGCACCAUCACUUCUACCAGAAGGAGAGGCUGCAUCUGCCACACAGACAGCCAUGACCAUGCUGCUGGCUCAACUCCUCCAAGCUCAGCAGGCUCAGAGGCAUGAAUCUGGUGAUGGAGGUGAAGGAGCAGAAAGCACAAAUCCUGCUGCAGCUGCACCAGGAGGUCCUCUUCUACCUCCAGAGGUCAAACAGCCUCCAGAGCCCAGCCCAGUCUCUCCAGUAUCUGAGGCAGGUGCCAUGUCAAUCCUACCUCCAGACCAGAGACCACCUGAGCCUCCGGAGCCUCCUCCACACGCUGACCUCGACUACCGGCAGCCUCCACCGGAGCCCAAGAUCGCCCACGCUCCCCCCAUCGCAUCUGCAGGUGGCGGUGAUGGUGGGAGGCCUCCAGAGCAGGACUACCCCCCUCUCCCUACUGCAGAAGGGCCUGGGUAUGGCAGCGAGUACAACCACCCACCCCCUCCGCCCUUCACACCGACAGGGUUCGGAGACAGCUACAUGGGUCACAUGUUAGGCGGAGGCCUGCCCCCUCAUGCUCUUAGAGAUGUGUUCGGCGGAGCCGGCCAGGCCGCAAGCUCCUCGUCCGGUGCAGGGGUCAUGGCUCCAGCCCACCCUGACCCCUUCCCUCCAGGCCCUGGAGUCACUGGACCCAGCAGCAUGGUUUUCACUGGGGACAAGGAUCACCGCUUUGAGUACAAUCACAGCCCUUUAACUGUGGAGGGACAACCCAACCCCAGCGCUCUCCACAUGUACAACCACACCAUGGUAAGAAAGGAUGGUGUUCCUCCUCCUCCACCCAUCCCAGGACAAACCUGGGGCUCCCCUUCUCAAGGUGGGGGUCCACCACUACCACCCCUGGGCUUUGUCCCACAUGUGAACUCAACAGCGACUAUCAGAGGACGAGGACUGCCUUUCUGAAAGACUGGAAAUGUCAAAAGCAGAUACAGUGAACAAAAGGCUGGAGGACUCCAUUUUGAGCCAGAAACCUCUCAGGCCGCACCAGACAGAUCUGGGGAUGCACACUCAAGUUUGUAAUAACUUAAUUCUACGUCAGGCGUUGUAUUCCUCCUCAGUCUGGAAUGUGGAGUACGUCGCAGAGGGACAGCUGAGUAAAACCAAUGGAGGAGCUUUUCUUGCUCAUACCAUUUUCAUAUGUUUUUGUAAUCUAUUCUGCUGUCUUUUAAAUUAAACUUUUACCUUUU